CUGCGCGAUUGAACGCUGAAUAUAAUAGUUCACUCUGUAUGUUUCUGAAUUCAUAAUGCUGAAGCGGCCCGUGGAUUUAGUGAGAACUUUGCGUUUUGAAAUGCGACCUAACGCGCCCAAUGCGCAUAUUACCUGACCCUAUAAAAUUCUGCAUUUUCUGUUACGUGUGUUUGUGGGCUGUCAAAAUGAUUUGUUUCCCCCUGUCUUUGCCUGCCCUGUUGUGGAUUCAGACGCAGUAGCUCUGCGCUUACAUGCGCUAUUUAAAAAUCCCCAGGCUGGACACUUAAUGCUGGUAUUAUAUUAACGUGGACAUCUCUCCGUGAAACAACCGGCCAGCUACAGACAUGUGUUGAUUUAGCUAAUCGGCCAAGUUGCCAGCUAAUUAAAGUUAUGAAUGCACUUCUUUAUUUUCACUCACAGACGCCGUUAGUUUGUACGCAUGUUGUUUGUUUGUAUCCAUUUGUUUAUCUUAUUAUUGUUAGACCCGAAACAAACUUUAAAAACCGACCCUUUGUGAAACUAUGCUUUUGCCUGGGCAGUUUCGCAUUCUUAGCAACCUCGUGAGAUGAAAGUCUCACACAAUAGCUUUGGUCCGACUGCCUCACUAUUUUCAGUAGUUGUGCACUUUUAACUGCUCAAACCACGGCCAGUCUUCCCAGUAUGGGAGCGAUACGGAGGAGGACGGCAUGGACUGUCCCCUGGACCUGUCCUCCAGCGCCAAGAGGAAGCGACGCGGAAACCUGCCCAAGGAGUCGGUGCAGAUCCUGCGGGAAUGGCUGUUCGAGCACCGCUACAACGCGUACCCGUCCGAGCAGGAGAAGGCGCUGCUGUCCAGGCAGACCCGUCUGUCCACACUACAGGUCUGUAACUGGUUCAUAAACGCCCGACGGAGGCUGCUGCCCGAAAUGUUGAGGAAAGACGGCAAGGACCCGAACCAGUUCACCAUGUCGCGCCGUGCGGGCAAGGUGGGCGACGGCGUGCCGCAGGAGAACGCUCCCCCCUGUGACGAGAGGGUGCUUCGCACGCCGAGCUUCGACUCCUGUGACGCCCCCAUGUCGGCGGUGCUGCACAGACCGACUGUCAUCUGUCACACCACCGUCACCGGGAACCCCGCUCACGCCUGCAUGCCUGUCCCCCGGACCAUGGAGCCCGGUCACAGUCUGUGCCAUGGAGAGGUGGCGCCCCCCCUGGGGGGUGGCUCCAGCCCCCAGACGGGGCUCUUCAACACCCCGCCACCCACCCCCCCAGACCUCACCCAAGACUUCAGUGGCUUUCAGCUACUGGUGGACGUGGCCCUAAAGAGGCGUGCCGAGAUGGAGAGGCAGGCUAAUGCCUUUGUUUCCUGAAGGAUCUCCCGAUCAGGGCUGGGGGGGGGGGGGGGGGGGGGGGCACCUAUUUCUGGGCUGCCAAAAUCCAAACGACUCACCAGACGAAGCGUUCGGCGAAUAGGACCUGGAGAAGCGCAGCCUUGCCACACGGGGAUUUUAAUGUCUAUUUGCACAUCGGAGGACCAGUAACAAACUAGACUUUCCAGGCCAAACCUAAUGCUCUACAUGCCUUUGCUUUUGUUUUGUAGAGAUGAUAGAGGCGUCUUGAAGGCCUGCCUGACUUUCCUUCUUUGUUUAAAAAAAAAAAAAAAAAAAGUUUGGCUUGAUCAUUCCUCGUUAUUUUUACUUUAGCAAUCUUUUAGUUGUGCCUCUACUUUUGUUUGCACAAUAGGGUAAGGGGGGAGACGGGAGGUUGGUCCAUUUGUCUAAAGGUUUCUGUUGGCAUUAAUGAUGAACACCAUUACUCCUCUGGUUGGUGGCUCUGUGUUAUGUGGAAAUAUGUAUGUAUAUUAUAUAUAGUGUAUAUAUUUUUAUAACUUUCUUUUGUAGUUUUAAAACCUUUUUCGUUUUCCUUUUCUUUCGUCAGUUAUUCGUUUUCCUUUGCUUUCGUCAGUCGUUGGGGUUGGGUGUCCUUGCUUUGGAGAUUCAUUUGUCUGGGUCUUCACACUGUGAUACUUUGCCAAGCUGAAAAGGACCCCCCCCCUUACCAAAACUUUACUGCCUUUAUGUUCUGCUUACAGCACGUGUGUACUUUUAGAAGUAAACUGGAAGGAUGACACUAAAAUGGCUUUGUGGUGCUGUUAAUUCAAAAGGGAAAGGACCGUAACCUGUUUGAAUGGGUAUGCCGACUAAAAUCGCAGGAUAUCUGAAGGCCCACCUUUUUCUUACUGUGCAAUGUAUGGCUAGUUCGGGUCACAUGACCUCCAAAUUUAAAAAAAAAUAAAAAUUCUAGGAGAACAGUUGAUUUGUGUUGCAAGAAUGUAUCGUUGAUCCUUGUAAAAAGUACUCUCAGGAAGCAGUGUACAGUGGUUAGGUUUAGUCACUCAACUGCUGUUGAAAAUCAUCCAGGGUUUUGUUACAGUAACCAUGCAAAUAGUGAUUGGUUGUCAUUUGCAUGUAAAGUGUGCAUGGUUUCAUUCCGCAUGCUGCCUGUGUCCUCGCUGCAGCCCAGAUGCGACGUCCUCAUGGGAUAGGCGUGCUACCGAAGCUGCGGGGAAAGAAAUCAUUCUUGCGUUUUGUCGCAUGUAGGCUGUAUAAGUACCUCGAUUAGCAUAGUUUUGCAUUAAUUGGCGCAGGCCGACGCAGAGGUUUACGCAUGAGGGGUAUUGCAGACAGGGAACGCAGAGCGGCACCGAGCGUCUCGUUAGCGGGCCUGACGGAGACGCCCGUUUGUGUACGUCACGGGCGCGAGGCGCCACAUCGCUGCCUCAGGGGCGCUCUGCACCGAGCCGGUUAAUUAAGUCUACAAGGGCGACGGCGUGUCUCUGCCUUGGUCGUGACGGGGUGCCCGCGUCGCUGAAUCCGUAAUGCUGCUGCGGUUUAUUUUCCAACGUGUCUGAGAUUCGAGGGUGGAUUGCGUCGCAGGUCGAGCGCAAGUGUGCUGGUGCAUUUUGUGGCAGUGCAUGUGUCACUUCCUAACCCUACUCGCGCACAGAAAGCCAUUCAGCCAUUCAGAGAACCAGAUUCCUCUCUGGUCCUUACCGGCUGGUCGGCAGGUCCUGCUGACAGCUGAUUGGCUGGCCGAAGUUUGCUCCCUAUAGGUUUAACAUCUGGAUUGGUGGGUAAAUUUACUGCUCUAUAGAGAAGUGAAAACAUUGGAAGCAUUUUAGAAUUUAUAUAGGGUGUCUCAGUGGGUGGUGCUGUGGCUUCAAACCUCAGGCUUGGAGUUUGAAUUUCGCUCUUUCUGUUUGUGGAAUUUUCCAGAGACAUGCAAUUGAGUAAAUUGGCAUGUGCGAGAGUGUCCUUUGAUGGACUGGUAUCCCAUCCAGGUUACCCCCUCCCUUACAGUUCAUCCGGCCUGGGAUAUGGACACCGUACUUCAUAAACGGUAUAGAAUAUGGGCGAAUGUCCUGAUUCAUUAUUUAAGGUUGGCCAUCUCCUAUUCACUGCUACAGUGCGUCUUAGCACUGGGCUGGAUUUAAAGGCCAGUUACUUAACCAGUGGGUAUAGCUGCAGUAAGACUCAAUCUCCAGUUUCCCUCCCUAAAGACAGGACCCAUGACGGCAUCACUGUUUGACCUCAUUUAGGAGGAAAUGUAACAAAAUUUGAAGGUGGGCGUGUCCCUUCCUCAACUGCCAACCCAAAAACACACAGAUACGUUGAUUUACAAGAGCGAAUGAAUCCUUCAGAUCGCAGGGUCAAGUUUGGGCUUAAGACUUAAGUAUCCCCUUCUUUUCCCCUUUUAUCGGUCCUGAUUUUCGCUCCUUCCUGAUUCCAGGACAACGAAAUCGACGACGAGUCUUCAGCGGAAUCACAGGCAAUUAGUACAAUUAAAAAAAAAAAAAAAAACCAAUAAGCCAAAAGGCCCUUUUAAGGUGCAUCCAGGAGGAAUGUAAUAAUAGACGUCACCUGAAAGCAAAUUUAUCUAAAGACACGAGCUUAAAUAUUAUUACAGUUAGUGUUCACUUAACCAAUAACCUAGCUUUAGAUAAACGUUUUGUACACCUGGAAAUGCUCACUCAUUUAAGGCUAUGCGAGUUUGACUGGUCAUUAGGAGAGAUAUGUUCAGAUUGGCUUUCUCUGCUGGCCCCGCUAGGUUGUCUAAUGCGUUUAAUAUUAAUCAAGAUGGAUGGCAUCCCCCCCCCCACCCCGUGUCCCGUCUGACCUUAUCAAUCAGAACCAGCUUGGUUAUCUUUUUACAGUUUAACAGUUUUUUUUCCAGGGGAAUGUGGAACAGGUUUAACUAUUUAUAAAUAAAGCAGAGCACCCGGAAUCUGCUAAUUAUAUCA